CCCAAUAGGAAUAUCUAGGAGAGUGGAGAGAGAGAGGUGAUUUCCAAAUUCACUCAGUUCAAUAAACAAAAUCUGGAAUUGAUCAAAAACCCCAAGGACCAAACCCCAAUUAGCGUCCUCGAAGAAAAUGGAGGGAGUGGAUGCUCCUGGGCAGGGGACAGUGACGUGCGCCGCCUGGAUUCGGCGGCCGGAGAACGCGCAUUUGGUGGUAGUGGGGAAAUCGAAACCGUCAUCUCUCGUGAUCUUCUCAUGGGAUCCUAUCACUACUUCACUCUCUGCCUCUCCCAAGGCUACGUAUGAACUUGGAGAAGGCGAUGAUCCAGUAAUUAUUGCGGUGCAUCCCACUGGAGAUGAAUUAGUUUGUUCCACUAGCGCUGGUGAUUGCAAAUUGUUUGAGUUGGAUAGCCGGGAAGACAAAAUAAAAAUUACUUCAAAAGAACAACUUCUACUGCAGGGGAUUGGCCUACAAAAAUGUUUGGCUUUUAGUGUUGAUGGAACUAGAUUUGCUACUGGUGGAGUUGAUGGAUGCCUUAGGUUAUUUGAGUGGCCAAAGAUGGUUGCCAUUUUGGAAGAACCAAGAGCUCAUAAAUCAUUUCAAGACAUGGAUUUUAGUUUAGACUCAGAGUUUUUAGCUACAACCUCAGCUGAUGGUUCAGCGAUAAUAUGGAACACAAGUGAUGGCACUCCAGUUACAACUUUGACCCGGAACUCUGACGAGAAGAUUGAACUCUGCCGGUUUUCUAAAGAUGGGACAAAACCAUUUUUAUUUUGCUCUGUUCAACGAGGAAAUAAACCACUUACUGCUGUUUAUGAUAUAAGCACGUGGAAAAAAAUUGGGCACAAGAGGUUACUUAGAAAACCAGCUGCGAUAAUGUCUAUUAGUUUGGACGGAAAAUAUCUUGCUCUUGGGAGCAAGGAUGGAGAUAUAUGUGUUAUCGAAGUGAAAAAUAUGGGGAUCCACCACUGGAGUAAGAGGCAACACCUGGGUUCCGAAAUUACAUCAUUGGAGUUUUGUCCUAGUGAAAGGGUAGUACUUACCACUUCUAAAGAGUGGGGAGUGAUGGCGACGAAGCUCACUGUUCCUGCUGAUUGGAAAGAUUGGCAAAUCUACAUGCUACUGUUGGGGCUGUUUCUGGCAUCACUGGUUGCAUUUUACAUCAUAUUUGAGAAUUCAGAUUCCUUCUGGAAUUUUCCAGUUGCACAGGAUCAAGCUGCUCGACCAGUCAUUGAAACUGUCGUGGAUCAGCAAUAUGCGGAAAAUUUGGACCUAGAUUAUGUUGAAUUCUAGCUAAUUUCGAUAGUUUUCUUUGCUAUUCUUUGUUCCACAUCUGAUAUAUCCAGCUAUGAAAUUUGAGAUGAUUUUCUGAAAGAUGUUGACAUUUGGUAUCUUGAUUAGGUUAAUAUUAAGCUAUAUUAGGACUUUUUGAAA